AAUUUUAAUUUUAAUUUAAUUUUUGGAAAGCAAGUGGCAGAUUUGUGUGCAAACUGCAUGUGGACCUGGGUAAAGCGUAAUGGAGGCAACAGCUGCUAAAACUACCAUCCCCCCCGUCAGCUCCAGCUCCAGCACAACAUCCAGCGAAAAAAUGAACUACGCACUGCAAGUGGCCCUGCAGACGAUCAAAGAGCGAUGCAUGCAGCUGCAGCGGAGGGUGACCAGCAUGGAGGAGGAGAACCAGCGGCUGCGCGAAGCCAACGCCAAGGGCUCCAGUGGUGUCCAGCCGGACAGUGGCAGCGGCGGCGACGACUCGCUAUCCCUGCGCACACAAGUGGCCGAGCUGCAGCGCCAGAAGGAGCAGCUUGAGGAGCACAUCGGCAUGGUCUCGAACGAGAAUCGCAGACUGUGGUCGCGUCUGUCACAAAUCUCCAAGGACCAGCAGCAACAGCAGCUGCUGCUGGCACAGGCCCCGGCAAAGGCCGAGGAUGCGUCACCCGACUCGCGUGCCAAUCAGAAUCUUAUUCGCUCCAAGACUUUCACACAGCACUCGCCAAAUCCGCACUUGCGCCAGAAGAUGAUCUCAGAUGGCCUGAGGGACAUCAGUCUCGAGGAGAUAGUCCUGGACGACUUCGGCGCCGGCGACACAGAGAUGGGCUAUCCCUACGGCCUGCCCGUGGAGGAAACGACGUCCAGUGAACCAGAUGCCAAUUUGGAUGCCAAACGUUGCAUGGAUGGGCUGCAGGACCUGCGACGGGAGGCCUUGAAGCAGCAGCAGGAGCUGAGCUCUGCACUCACGCUGCUGGAAAGUCGCAUUGCACUGCAGCCCUGCCGGGAGUGCGCCCAAAAGGCAGCCAAGAAGCCAGAAAUGGCAGAUAAGAGCCUCGAAACCGAUGAGAGUCUCAACAACGAGCUCAAACUCUACCACAGCGAGCACAAUGACACGCUCAAUGGCUACAAUGGGCAUGCCUCCGCCCCACCGUCUAGGAUCAAUAUUAUCCAGGAAAAACUGAAGGCCGACGCUGCCGAUGCCAUGGAGAAGACCUGCCCCAUGUGCGGGAAGCUAUACUCCAGCCAGGUGUCGUUCAACGCGUUCCGUGAACAUGUGGAGAUGCACUUCAUUGACGAUGCCUUAGAGAUGGAGAUCGACGGCAGUGUGGAGCGCCAGUUCGAGUUCGUUUCGCAUACGGUGGGCGACUUCUGACCCAACAAACGUAUCUAUUUCGCCACUGAACUCUGACCAAUAACCCAAUUCCCCAUACCCAAAAUGAUGAUGAAACUAGUGUUACAGUUUUAAAGCAAUAGGGUGCAUAGAACCGUGUGCUUCUCGCUUUCCUCUGGAGGCAUUGUUACGUUACGUUGCUUUGUUUAAGCAGAUAGAAUAUGAAAACAUUAAUCAAAAUCAAUUGCAUUAAUUGAAUGCUCCUUUUCUAUAUAUAAUGUAUUGUAUUAACUAUAGUACGUGUGUAUGUAUAUUUAAUUUUUAGUGAUAGAAUGCGAAAUACGGAUUAAAUGU